AUGUCCUUGCUUCAAAAAUAUUUUUGUUGCCGCACAGAAAAAGAGUUACAAAUAAGCAGAAAUGUUGUAUUUGUUUCGCAAGACGAAGCUCUGAAGAGUAAAGUUUUGACAGAGCGAAAUAUACCUUCUUAUACUUUGAAAUCAAAUGAGUACGCCAGCAGGUCUGCUCAAGACUUACAUGCGUUAUCCAGUGCUGAAGUGUUUAGGCUGGUUGAAACAGAUGAUGAUGAGCAUACAAGCUAUAAUGCAUCUCUACCUCAUACAAUCAGAUGUCUCCCCCCUGCGCUUGAUUCAAAACCUACUCUUGUCCUCGAUCUGGACAAUACCUUAAUCUUUUCGACAAUCAAAGAAUUGACAAAUUUUGACCAUAAAAUCACAGUUAAUUAUAACGGAAAAGCACAGCCCGUUUGGAUUGUCGAAAGGCCAGGGCUGCAGUCUUUUCUUGAGCAUGUUGCAAAUAAAUACGAGGUGAUUUUGUUCACUGCUGGCAUACGACAGUAUGGGGUUAAAGUGAUGAAAAAAAUCGAUAGGAAAAUGAGGAUUAGUUACUUUUUGGACAGGAGAUUCUGUACUUUAAUUGGCAAAAAUAAUCGGAAUCAAGACUUUUUUUCAAAAGAUCUUAAAAUUCUUGGAAGAGAUCUUUCAAAAGUACUUCUUGUAGAUGAUAGAGACUAUUCAUUUUGUUCUGACAUAGAUAACGGAAUAUUAGUGCCAAUAUUCAAUGGCGAUCCUCAGGAUAGAUGCUUGGACUGCUUGAAAGAAUACUUAGACUAUUGCUCCACAUUGGAUGAUAUGAGAUGUAGAAAGCCCUUUGAAUACGCUCAAAAAGACAAUAAGGAGUGUGAGAUAAGAGCAAAAUAA